GGCAAGGGGGUCGCUGCCAAUCAUCGUAGAUAGAGCUGAAUUUGCAUGAAAGUGAUUUUUGGCUACCUUCUAAUCACUACAAACACGAUCUGACCUUGCUUCAUAGUGAGUUUCCAAGCUUUCAAUUGGCAGCUUUAGAUAGAUUUUUUACACCUACUACAUAUACCCAUCACAUAGCCAGAGAGGAUAAGAAUCCCACACCUGACAAGCCUGCUAUUCUCCUGCAACGACAAGCUCAAGCUCAAGCUCAGGCUCAGGCUCAGGCUCAGGGGAUUUGAUAACUAAAUUCUGACCAGUUUCGUACAAUAAUGGAGAACGGAAAUGUGGUAAACGAAGAAGUGGAAGUGCAGGACGAAGGUAACCAUCAAGAACUUGGCAAUGGAAACCUAAGCAUUAAACGAGACUUGUUGGAUUUGGAGGCUGGUGAUCACAAUACUGUGCAGAAAAUGAAUUGGGGAACCGUAUUGAAGCUUGCAUUUCAAUGUAUUGGAGUUGUUUAUGGUGAUUUGGGUACGUCUCCGUUGUAUGUGUUACCUGGGAUUUUUCCUGAUGGGAUCAAACACAACGAUGAUCUGCUUGGGGUCUUAUCUUUGAUUAUUUACUCUAUUAUUAUCAUUACCUUGAUCAAGUAUGUCUUCGUGGUUUUAUCCGCCAAUGAUAAUGGUGAAGGAGGAACUUUCGCAAUAUAUUCUCUCAUAUGCCGCCAUGCCAAGGUCAAUAUGAUACCAAAUCAUCAGGCUGAAGAUAGAGAGCUGUCCAAUUAUAAGCUAAAAACGCCACAUCGCCGAAUGAAAAUGGCUUCAGCUGUAAAAUCAAAGCUCGAGAAUAGCUACAUAAUGAAGGUCUCUCUAUUGUUCAUGAGCAUGCUUGGAGUGUCCAUGGUCCUUGGAGAUGGCGUUCUCACACCCUGCAUAUCAGUGUUAUCAGCAGUUUCAGGUAUCAAGGAAGCUGAUGCUAGCCUUACUGAUAAUGCCAUCAUGUGGAUUUCAGUUGGGAUUUUGAUUUUCUUGUUUCAAAUUCAGAGGUUUGGAACAGAUAAAGUUGGGUAUACUUUUGCUCCAAUUAUUAUUAUUUGGUUUGGUUUUAUUGCAUGCAUUGGGAUUUUCAACACUGUCAAGUACGAUCCUAGUGUGAUGAAGGCUGUGAAUCCAUGGUACAUUGUGCAAUAUUUCAAGAGAAAUAAAAAGGAUGCAUGGAUCUCUCUUGGAGGCGUCAUCUUAUGCUUAACAGGUUCUGAAGCCUUGUUUGCUGAUUUAGGACACUUCAAUAUUCUGUCGGUUCAAAUAAGCUCUUGCUCUGUGCUCAUUCCCUCCGUCUUGUUAGCCUAUGUUGGUCAGUGUUCAUAUCUCCGGGAGAAUACUCAGGAUGUUACCGAUGCCUUCUACAAAUCCAUCCCUAGUGAGUAUACUCCUGAUGUUUCUACGACGAGCGCCCUUGAUUUAUUCUUGUGUUUGAUUAUUUAUGUGAUUGAUUUCUUUGGUGCAGAAUCAAUGUAUUGGCCACAGUUCAUUGUGGCAGUCUUGGCAGCCAUCAUUGCUAGUCAGUCAUUGAUCUCGGCUUCCUUUUCUAUCAUCCAACAAUCAGUGGCACUUGGGUGCUUCCCUCGAGUUAAAGUUGUGCAUACAUCUGCAGAACACGAGGGUCAAGUUUAUGUGCCUGAGAUCAAUACUCUUCUGAUGUUGGCUUGUGUUGGAGUCACUCUUGGCUUCAAAAACACUUUAAAGAUUGGAAACGCAUAUGGUAUUGCUGUGACAUUUGUUUUCGUAAUUACAUCUUCAUUUCUGGUCCUUAUUAUGAUCAUGAUAUGGAAGACACACAUCAUCUUCAUCAUCCUCUAUGUCCUAACCAUCGGUCUCAUUGAACUCAUAUUUUUAAGCUCUGUGCUUUACAAGUUUGUUGAUGGAGGGUACCUUCCUUUGUUCUUUGCCUUCAUCGUGGUGGCCAUCAUGUUCAUAUGGAACUAUGGUUACAGGAAAAAGUAUACGUAUGAGCUUGAAAACAAAGUUUCAAUAGAGAAGCUCGCUGAUAUAACCUCAGAUGAAAGGAUUCAUCGAACCCCAGGACUUGGUUUAUUUUACACUCAGCUUGUUCAUGGGAUAUCUCCAAUAUUCACUCAUUACGUCUCAAGUGUCUCAUCUCUACAUUCAGUUGUUGUGUUCGUUUCAAUCAAGUCAUUGCCAAUUAGCAAAGUCUGUCCUGAUGAAAGAUUCUUGUUUGAACGAGUGAAGCCUAGAGAGAUGAUCUUCCGAUGCAUUGUGAGGUAUGGAUACAGAGAUUCAAGAAAGGAGCAAGAGAGGUUGGAGGAUAUGAUGGUAAAUCAAUUGAAGGAGUUCAUAAGAAAUUAUGAAAAUGGAGAAGACAUGCAAAGGGAGGUGGCUUUGGUUGAUCAUGCACAAAGAGAGGGUGUUGUUUAUCUAAUGGGUGAGAGCCUUGUGAUGGCUUCAGAUGGAUCAAAAUUAGUGAAGAAAUUAACUAUAGACUACUUAUACAAUUGGCUAAGCAGGUGUGUGAGGCAGCCUGAUGAAGUUUUCUUGGUUCCUCGUAAGCAUUUACUCAAAGUAGGCAUGACUUAUGAGGUUUAAUUAGUGAUCAUGUUAAAAAGUUGACUUAGCUGCUGCAAUUUCAUUCUUGAUCACUAAGUUGCUGAAAUUUCUUUAUUUUUCUAUUGUUUCUUAACUUUAACUUGUUCAAUAACAUGUCAUCCAUGUAGUUGCUUGUUUUUAGCUUAGUUGUUAAACAUGGAGACAUUCCAUGUAGUUGCUUGUUUUUAACUAUUUCAAUUUCUAUUUCUGCUGUAUUUAAGUUAAUGUUGCAGUCAAUAAAAAUAAGACUUUGCACAA